GACUGGAUAGUAGAAUUGCCCGAGUAACAGAGCCACUCAAGCAAACUGCCAAACAAAUUUAAGUGGAGGUCUGGAACGUGUUAACAUGGAUAAUCCUCUUAUAACUACCUUAAAAUUCUCAAUUCCCAACUGCAUGAGACUUGAAAAUCUCUGGGAGAAAAAGAAGAAAAAAAAAAUCAUAUCCAUGGCAUCCAUUUCUGCAAGUUCCAUCUUCCUCCUCAUCGCAGUACUUUCACUUUCAGAUUCUGCAACACUUGUUGAGGAUCUUGCAAACUUAAAACCCCCACCAGAUUUCAAUACCACAAUCAAGACCAACUGUCUCCACAACCCUUCUCUUAGAUACUGCAAUUACUCGUCACCUGCGGAUCUUUUUGAGAUCUUCAAGUCCACCAUUGUUGCUAGUCAUCUCUGUAACGAAUCCAAGAACCCUAAUUGUGUUGAAUCUUUUCCCAAAAUAGACCUCAGGAAUCGUCCAAAGAUUGUACCUUUGUACUUGUCAUACAACUUCUUCUGGAAGUUCUGUCCUUUAACAAUCUUAUCCAUUGAUUUGUCCAACAAUUCUUUGAAGGGUAGUUUUCCUGUAGAGGUCCUGUCAUGUACUCAGAUUCAGGCUCUUGAUUUAAGUCUUAAUGCCCUUACAGGUGAUUUUCCUGUUGAGAGUUUCACUCCUGUUUCCGACCUUACAUUUCUCAAUCUGUCAUAUAACUAUUUUUCAGAGUGUAAAAUCUCUGAUUCUCAGUUCUUCAAGCGGUUCAAUUCUUCAAGUUUUCUUCAUUCUGGUCUCCUCCCAAGUCACAGGAACUAUAAGAUCAAAGCUAUACUUCUGUUGCUUGGAUUUCCCAUAUUUGUGAUUCUUAUCAUAGUUUGCUUCGGAUGGCUAUGUCUGAAAAGGCCAGAUUACUUACCAAGAUUUCUCCAGAGAAAGCACAGAUUCACACCAGCAAUACUAAAGGCUGCAACCAAUCAGUUCUCCAGAAAGAAUCUGGUGGCCAAGAGUGAAGGAGUGAGUAUGUAUAGAGGAACACUUCGAGAGGGAACUGAGGUCAGGAUAGAAAUCUACUGGGACAGCAUUUCACAGGAAGACCGCCGGAGAUUUAUCUGGGAAUGCAGGGUUCUUGUUCAACUAUGUCACAAGAAUGUAGUUCAAGUGUUUGGUUGGUGUACUGACAGAAAACUGAGAGCAAUUGUUACAGAAUGGACAGAAGGAGAGAACAUUGAAAUGUGGCUAUCUGCUGUAGAGUCGGUUCCUUCAUGGAAGCAAAGGUUGAAAGUACUCAUGGGAGUUGUGGAAGGCAUGUGUUAUCUGCAGGAGCAAUGGCCUGAAGUGGGUUAUGAUCUCAGAACCAAAAGUGUGAUUCUGUCUGAAAAUCUGGAGCCACUCAUUUCAAGAUUCAAAGUUGGAGUUCAAAACAGCAACUCCAGAAACAUUUACAGAUUUGGAGUAUUUCUACUGGAGAUGAUAACAAACAGAAGACCACAGGAGGAAUUUGAGAUGGGUGAGGCUGAUUUUAUAGAGUACAUCAGGAUGAGUUAUCCUGGAAAUCUCUGCAAUGUGAUUGAUUCAAGAAUGAAAUUGUCCGAAAAUAUGUUUGAUCAGGCAAAACAUGGAAUAGCCCUGGGCUUGAUGUGCACUGAUCAAUCAACAAGUAAAUAUCCUAGCUUGAAUCAGAUAUUCAACAUGAUAACAAGAGCGUACGAGUCUUGCCAGGUUACAGCUACGCAGAGCCAUAGAAGAAAUCAUGGAGAUGGAGACAAAAGACAUAAACGUGCUGUAUCUGAAUAAGACCACUAGAAAUUUCAACUCUGUUAUGCUGUACCUGAAUAGAUUUUCCAAGACAACCUAUGCAAACUAAUAGAAAUAUAAAAUUUAAAAUUCCAAGACAACAGAGAAACUGAUGCAGGGGAAAUUUGUCUCAAAUAAUUUACAAUUACAAUAACUUGAAUUGUUUUGCUGGAGUAUUUGGAAAUGUGUACAAAGGAAGCAUUGUUGAUGAGACUUUCAUA